AAUUUAGUUGCCACCGGCUGCACCGACUACCUCGACUUCUUUCCCGACUGGGCGUCCCACCUGGAUGAAUUUAAUGGCCUUCAGCAACUACAGGCAGGACGCUCCUAUCGCAGCCUCACCGACCUGCCUAAGGCUUUGCAGUGGGACGAGACAGGCGACGGCGAACAUGACAAUAUUGUGCCUGCCACUUUGGCCAUGGCCAUCACUGACGCGAUGGAUAAAAAGUGCUUUGCCGAAACGCCUGAUGCAGAUCUUACCAGUUUUAUCCUUGAACCGGACAACCGGGAGAAGAUUGCCCCGCCCGUUUUGUCCAAGGGUGAUCCUAUCUUGGAGACGGUGUUUGCGAAAACGGCCAUUGACAUGGCGCACGAGGUAGCUGCUCUUCACGAACUCAUGACGCGAUACAGCUUGGAUUACGUUAUCAAGCAGACUGAACCCCGGCACACAGUAAGGGAUUACCUUACCAACCUACUGCGAAGGUCUGGUCUUCAUCAGGUCUGGUGA